GUCGAAUACCCACAUUAACGAUUUCUGGGUCUCGAUCAGGACGUACCACACAGGAUGGAAACCAAAGACCAACCUUUAUUCCCGAAUUAGCCCCCUCGGAAACCCUAGUCUCAGCAUGGUCCCGGUCCUCGAUCAGUGGGUUAGGGAUGGCAAUAAGAUCAUCGAGUUCGAGCUCCGGCGCAUCAUUCGAGAUCUCCGAAAACGCAGGCGGUACAGUCACGCCCUUGAGGCAGAUUUCUGAGUGGAUGAGUAGUAAAGGCCUGUGCUCAUUUUCACCAGGUGACCGUGCCGUGCAAUUGGAUCUAAUUGGCCAAGUCCGUGGGUUGAGUGCUGCAGAGAGCUAUUUCAGUGUGCUGAAUGACUCAGAAAAAAAUGACAAGAUAUAUGGCGCUCUCUUAAACUGUUAUGUUAGAAAAGGUCUUGUUGAUAAGUCCAACUCUCAUAUGCAGAAGAUGAAGGAGAUGGGUUUUGCUCCCUCUACGCUAAAUUACAAUGAUCUUAUGUGUCUUUAUACCCACACUGGCCAACUUGAGAAAAUCCCUGAUGUGCUAUCGGAGAUGAAGAAAAAUGGUGUCUCCCCUGAUAUCUUCAGCUAUAGAAUUUGCAUUAACUCUUACGGGGAAAGAUCUGACAUUCAAAGUGUGGAGAAGCUUGUAAAUAAAAUGGGAAGUCAACCCCACAUCUCUAUGGACUGGGCAACUUAUUCCACUGUGGCCAAUAUAUACAUAAAAGCUGGUCUAAAAAAGGAAGCACUAAUCUUUAUGAAGAAAUUAGAGGCAAAUCUACGCAAAGAUGCACUUGGCUACAAUCACUUGAUUUCACUGCAUGCAAACCUAGGAAACAAGGAUGAAGUAAGAAGAUUUUGGGAGCUGCAAAAAGUUAACUGUAAGAAGCAAAUAAACAGGGACUACAUAAAUAUGCUUGGUUCUCUAGUGAAACUUGGCCAGCUUGAAGAAGCCAAGGCGUUGCUGGAAGAGUGGGAAUCGUCCUGCCACUGCUAUGAUUUCCGAGUACCCAAUGUUCUUCUUAUCGGCUACUGUCAGAAAGGGUUGAUAGAGGAAGCCGAAGCAAUGCUUCGGGACAUCAUCAACAAGGGGAAGACUCCAAUUCCUAAUAGCUGGGCGAUCAUAGCUGCGGCAUAUUUAGAUGAGAAUAUUGGGGAAAAGGCUUUUGAGUGCAUGAAGAACGCUCUGGUAGUAAAGGCCAAGAACCCGGGUUGGAGGCCUAAGCCUCUAGUAGUUUUAGGCAUAUUGAAUUGGCUUCAGGAGAAAGGCCAAGUUGAAGAGGCCGAAGCUUUUGUUGGUUCAUUGAAGACUGUACCUGCAUUUGAUAUGGAAACGUAUCAGAACUUGAUUGAACAAGGCAAUAUGGAAAGUGCAGAUAUAAAGAUGAGUUUCUCUCGAGGUAAUCCUUGCUAGGCUUGGUGAGGGUUGAAUAUGUGGAAGUUGCUUUUUUGAUAAAUCGGAUAUAACGACCAUCUCUUGAGUCAAAUGUAUAUCAGAAUCACAAAUAGUUGUGAAAUAUUAGAUAAAUUUUGAAGCUUAUGUAUCUGAUUGAUGAUUGUUUCUGUGUCCUAGUCAGUGAGUGGGAGUCUACCAAGUAAGUUUCAUAUUUCAUAUUGAUCUUCCCUUGAUUUGUCUGGUUAUUUCAACUUCAUAAUUCUUAGAA